CAUUUCUUCGACUUUUAACGCCAAAACAGUCUGUUUUCAUCUCGGAUGGCCGUGGCUUUGCAGACGGAGGCAAGUACAGAUGAUGUCCUCCGCGACGCAGAAGACGCGUUUCCUGCGAUCUUCUCCGUUGAAGCGCCCCGAGAUGUCUUGGGCGGUUUGUGGAGUGGCAUCAAAUGCGUUCUGAGCGGAGUCCUCGUGGGCCUUGCCGGUGUCAUUGCUCAGCCCAUUGAGGGCGCUCGUGAUGCGGGCGUGGUGGGAUGCUUCAAAGGCCUCGGCACUGGCCUUCUGGUCGGCGUGUUUUUCUCCAUCACAGGCCUUUGCACUGGAGUUUUCCAAGCUCUGCACAGGUGUGGACACGAAGCCGUCGAGUACGCGCUGCGUGGAGUGGCAGCGACGCCCAGAGCAAUUUGCAUGGCAAGUCGUGGAUGGGCCUGGGACUCCGAAAGUGCCACGUGGAAGGAGCCCAAGGUUUAUUCAUUGCCUGAAGAAGCAGAAGUAUUGAUCGGAGAUGAUGAAGCUGAAGAACGUGAACAACAAGAGCAACUGCCCCGACGGCGAGUGGUCGAUACUUUUUAUUACGACCAGCUUGGGGUGGCCACGAACGCCUCACAGAAAGAGAUUCGAAGAGCUUACUUCCAGAAGUCCCGGCAGUGCCAUCCGGACAAGACCAGCGAGGAAAAUGCCAAGGAACGGUUUCAGGCCAUUUCCGAGGCGUACCAGGUGCUGUCCGAUGCUGCACGACGCCAGGAGUACGACCAACGAGGCCGCGACGCCAAGGAAGGCUUCAUCGAUGCCAAGGUCUUCUUCUCGGUGCUGCUGGGGGCUGACGCUCUGGCGCCAUACAUCGGCCGCUUGAGGAUCACUGAGAUGUUUGGACAGGACUUCUUUGAAAGGCCAGGUUUGAACGAUACAGAGUUUAGCCAGGCGCGAAGACAGGUCAAGCUCGCAGUCACCCUUGCAGAAAAGUUGGAUUGCAUUCGUUCGGGUGAUCGUGGGAAACUACAAGAGGCCAGGGAUGAAGCCCAAGGCAUUUUGGAGAAAGAUCCUUCGUUGCAGCGCUUCAUCUCCGAGAUUGCUUGGGUCUAUAGUAACAGAGCCGAUUGGUAUUUGGCAUCUUACACCAAUACGCUGGGCUCAUGGAGUAUGGGUGCUGUGAGUUCCCGAGCGCAUGGGCGAGGCCGUGAGGCUUCGCAGCAAGCGCACACCGCGAAGUUGGCCUUGCACUCCUUUUGGAAGCUUCGGAGGAUCGUUCAAGAGGCCGAUGAGAAGGAGAAGGCGGAGAAGGCAGAGCAGAAGCAGGAAAGCAGGGCAGAGAAGGAGGAGGAAAGCAAAGCGCCAGCUGAGCAAGAGAGACAUAAAGCUGACGAAAUCGAGGAACUGCCUGUGUCCAUCAGCAGCGCCCUCCCAACCUUCAUGGAAACCUUUUGGAGUUUGUCCUCCCAUGACAUCACCAGCACACUCGACAAGGUCCUCGAGCGCGUCUUGAGGGAUGGCAGCAUUGACGUGGCUGCACGCUGCGAGCGUGCCCGUGCCCUGCGCGAGUUGGCGGAAGCUUUACAGCAAACGACAAAGGAGGCCGCGGCAGAGAAAGGCGGCGAAUGCCAACGAUUUGAAAAGGCGUUCAUGGCUUCCGUGGCACGUGACUGAAGUUGACAAAAAAGUAACACGAU